GUAUAGGAUAGAGUGGAAGCUGGGGAUAUACGGUACACAGCGCUGUCACGGGUGGGAACCAGAACUAUUCACCCUUCUUUACCUCUCUUGCCCCUCGUCCACACCGCGACGGUUAUCGUUGGCGUCGCCAUUGCGCCAUUUUAUAAAGUUGCGAACGACGCGUCUCGCAGAAAGAAGCUUGAAAAGUUUGAUCAACAAAAUUUAUAAACAUGGUUCGCUGUCAUGUGAAAGGAUGCGGCAGAAGUGCACGGAAAGAUAAAGAACACCAUUUCUUUCGACAGCCUAAAAAUACGGAAUUGCGCAAAAAAUGGCGAGAGUUUGCUAAAGUACCAGGCAGUCCUACUCACUUACGUAUAUGCUCAGACCAUUUUGAGCCAAAGUGCAUCCGUAAAAAAUGUCCUAGGCCCUUGCUGUUCCCAAAAUCAAUACCGACAAUAUUACCAGGUCAAUCUUUGCAAGGCAAUGCACAUGGUGUAAAUCAUCAGCAAACAGUGACAUUUGAAAGAUCUUCUUUACAAGAUGAAUGCUCGCACAAGGAUAAUAGCAUCGUUAUGGAUGUAACCAAAGCAACGGGAGAAGAUCCGACUGUCAUUGAUAUCCAGACGAAUAACAAAAUACGUAUUGUUAUCAGAGGUAAGGAAUGCCAUUGUCAAAGAUGAAAAAAGUAUUAAAUUGUUGAAUAUCUCAUAAAAAAUGUUAUGAAUUGUAUAUAACAGUAUUUAUAUCAGACGUCAUGUCAACAGUAUCUUUGAUAUAUUUUAUACCUUUAAUGUUAGGCUAUAUGGGUUUUGAAUUGUAAAUUCUAAUGUUAGGCUAUAUUGGUUUUGAAUUGUAAAUUGUAAUAUUAGGCAAUUGAGUUUUCAUUGAGUUUUUCACAUACGAUUUAUGUUUUUGAUUCGUUCUUGAGAUGACAAGAUUCAUGCCGCUACCCAAAAUCAAUCCUCACUGUCUGAUGCUGCUUCAACACCAAAUAAUUUCGUGCGUAUACCAACAUCAAUACAACUAGUGGAUAACUUCUCAUCACCGAUCACAAAAAUGGACACAGAUAUA